UUAGAAUAUCGAUUCCAUGUGGCUUUGGACAUUCCAAUGAUCUGUCAUCGGUCAACAAAUACCUAAAGUUAAGGUAUCUUCACUUCAGCGUAAAACAGCUGUUGGUUUAUCAGAACCACUAGAAUUACAAGUAGAAAUUCAAGGGUAUGGUUGUUUGACUGAAACCUAUAAAAUUGGAAGCUGAUCGGAACCUGUGAAUUGGAAAUGAUUUGUAAUUAGUAGCUUCUGUUUAAUGAAAUGUUGAAGUAGGACAUGUUGCUCGCAGCGCCGUUGGUGUUGGACUAUGCUGUAGUGUUGCGCCCGCCCGCAGCUGAGCGCGUUUCGCUCACCUGUCGUAACAGAGCACAACGAUUGGGAGCGUCAUUGUGCGGUGCGUCGUCAGCGAUGACGCGCCGCUUAUCACCGGUUAUCACCCCGCGAGCCUCGCGCCGCGCGCCGCGUGCUCCUCAGUCGCGCGUCCACGCUCGUCGCGAGCGCACGUCGCCCCGCGCUCCGCUCCCGCUCCCGUGUCUCACCCGAUUGCACGAUUCUGACGCUUAACUCUCACGAAAUAAGGUCAAAAGUAAUAUAACACGUUUCAGUUGUGAAGAGUUCCCACUGUGUACCUAAUACUAUUGAAGGCAGUGAGUGGAUAUGCAAAAAAAUAUAUUGAAACAGUAAAAGUGAAGUGAUAAAGUGUCGUGAAUAAGCAGGACAGGACCACAUUGAGUUGGAAACAGCAAACGAAAGUCGCCAAAGAAGGUGUGCCUCGGCCCGGCGCAUGCGCGAAGCAACAGUUAGCCGGCCGCCGCGCCCCGCCGCCGCCGCUGUCGCGCGCCAGCUCCCGCGCCGGCCGGACGUCUCCGCUCGGCUGCCGCGACAAACUUAACUCUCGCGCGCGAUCCGCUAGUUCGUAGUUUUCUCUUCGUAUAUUUAAGAUUGGUGUCUAGUGUCUCGUAGUUUAGCAGUAGUAGUUUUAUCUCUCUCAGUGUCUAUUUAUCGGUGUUUAGUGUUAUAAUGUUAGGUAGAUGUCUCAGUAGUAUAGUGAGUAUGUAGUGAGUGUCGCGUCUGCGAUGGCCUCCCUGACAUUCGGUGACUGUUUCCGGAUGAUGUGAGGGUGCUGCUGACGCGGCGGUACUUCGUGCUAGUGCUUAGGCUAUGCGACAGGGACGCAGUAUGUCGAGUGGCGGGUAGUGAGAGAGUGCCUCAAGAUGUCGUUGCCCAUGAAACGGUCGUUCAGCUCGGAGGGUGGUGCCACCUCCAAGCGCGACUGGAAGAUGCGGCUCAGCCUCAGGAGCCGCAGUGGGCAUAGCGUCGAGGCGCUACGCGGGCGUCGUUGCGCGUCGCUGCGGUCCGCGGCGACGCCGGCGCGCGCGCCCCCGGACGACUCGGGGCGCAGCACCCCGUCGGCGGCGCACCGCGCCUCGCCCUCGCCCGCGGACACGCCCGCACCCAAGAAGUCCAACUGGGAAGUCAUAGAACACUUCUCAUCCAGCCGGAGCAAGAAGAGCCCCACUGCGGUGGAGGCGGAGGGCGGCGCGGCGUCAUCAUCGCCGGCGCUGCCGCUGUGCCCCGCCGGCCGCCCGGACGCCGACGUGCAGCCGCUACUGCCUGAAGGUAAGUCCAUCAUACACGAGGAUCUAAUGACCUUGGGAUUGAUGCAAGGAGGUUUUAGCUGAGUCAUAGGAAACGACAGUUUUAGGUCAUAGCGAGAUUUUGGUCUCGGUUUGGAUAUGAUCUGUGGUCAAAGAGAAAAGGCAAAACGCGUCUGUUGUCGUGUCAUUAAGUAACUGAAUUUUUAGUAAGUCAUUCGAACUGUAAAUGCUUUCAAAUUUAUGAUCGAUAAAAUGAAGUCGAAGAGUUUGUGUGAUUAGUCGCG